AUGGCACACUCGCCACAUAGAUCCAUUGCAAGCAUCUACAUUAUUGGCUCGCAGUCUACUGGGAAGACAACCCUUGUCAAUGGUUUAAUGGAAGAGUUCCAAGCGCUGUGUGGUACCAUUGCUGUCCCGGAACCUGGUCUAAUCGCCGAAGUGGCGAGAAAUGUAAUAGAGGAAAUGAGCUUUGCGACCGAGGAUAUUAGAAACUCACCGGAUCUCAGCCUAAUGCUCCAGAAACAAAUACUGGCUGCACAAGUGGAAGCAGAACAGACUGCGCUCGGCACAAGUCCCUGGUUUGUCAGUGACAGGUCCGCGCUGGACCCGAUCGUGUACGCACACACAUAUGCUGGUACAGACGCAGCCAAGAAGAUAACCGAGUCGGGGACGUGGCAGGCGAUCCGGCAGAGGAUGGCGGAGUCGGUGGUAAUUGUGUGUGAGCCGGUAGUUGAGUGGCUGCAGGAUGAUGGUGUGCGGCUGUUGCCGAAGGAUAAUGAGGAGUGGAUACAGAUUCAUCGCGGAUUCUGCACCCUGCUGGAAGAGGAAGGCAUUGGAUAUAGUGUACUGGGUUCUGAUAUACGGAAGUCUAGCGGGCGAGUAGAUUUCGUGGUUUCAAGAUGGCGUCAGCGACUGGAAGAGCUGUUCAGUCCGAAUAGAUGA